AUGGACCAACUACAAGAAUUUACUGCACCUGGCACGUGUAAAGAACUUGAUUGUGGAGGUCGUCCUUGUGCCAAGUGCCGCAAGUGUCGUGAUUGGCAUUUCAGUGGUGAUCAAUACCAAUGGAAUUCAGUCCGCAAUUGGGAAAAUUGGAAAAAGGUGGAUGAAGGUCGUUGGGGUUGUGAGGGUUUAGAGCUUUUUACGAAACGUGAUGGUGCGACUUGUCGUGGUGCUAUUUCUUCAUUUUUUUGUGUUGAGCGUGCUCUUCUUGAUGGUAGUAUUAAUAUUGUUGAUCGUGUUCUUCUUGAGCAUGUAUGUCUGUGUGGGAAACACUAA